CUCUGUAACAUACUCUGUCUCUACGCGUCCUCUCUCUAUCUCUUAGUUGUCAAUUACUCUCUCUCAAGCGAUCAGAAUUCAAGUUUCGUUUUCCGAAGUUUUUAACCUAAAGACUCGAAAGAAAAACUCAAAUGGGUCUUUGUGUAUCUGUUGGUCGUAGCGACUGCGAUUCUUCUCCGGCGGCUAAAAUCGUGACGGUUAACGGCGAUCUCCGGGAAUACAAUGUCCCGGUGUUAGCUUCACAGGUUCUUGAAGCUGAAUCAAUGGCUUCUUCGUCUUCCUCUCGGCCUUCCUCUUAUUUUCUAUGUAAUUCGGAUUCUCUCUAUUACGAUGACUUCAUCCCGGCGAUAGAGCCGGAGGAGAUUCUUCAGGCGGAUCAAAUCUAUUUCGUUCUCCCUGUCUCCAAACGUCAGUACCGUCUCACGGCGUCCGACAUGGCGGCUCUCGCGGUGAAAGCCAGCGUCGCGAUGGAGAAAGCUGCGAAGAAUAAAAAUCGCCGUCGCAAGAGCGGGAGGAUAUCUCCGGUGAUGACGUUGAAUCAGCCUAACGAACGGCUCGUCGCCGUUAAUAGAAGUUCGAUGAUGAUGAUGCAAAAGGGAAACCUACCGAAUAAAACGACGCAGUUUAAGAGUACUGAUACAAUCAGUUAUUACCGGUCCGGUUCGGUACGGCAAUUGAAAAGAUAUGCGUCUGGGAAAGCUAGGAAGCUUGCGGCUCGGUCGAUUAAAAGACUCUCAACAAUCCACGAAGAAAACAUUUUUUAGUUCUCUAAGAAUACCUUUUUUUUUUUGUUACGGAAAUUAUUGUUAUGUUAAAUGUUUGAAAUUUUUUUACAAAAAAAAAAGAAAAUGUUUGAAAUUUUAAAAAAAAAACUCUCUGUAAAUUACAGUGUUCACUUUAUUUCUGUGAUAUUAUAUUUUCCCGUUUUGUUA